GCCUCGGGGUCCUGGGCUAAGGGAGCGGGUCGGAAGUGAACGGUCCCGCCCCUUCCCCCCUAGGUUUCGUCGGAGCUGCAGCCGCUGCCGCCUCCGCAGCCAGCUCUCCGGCUAGCCGGAGCCUCUUUUCUGUACCCUCCGUCCCCGGCCGCGCGGAGCCGGGAUGCACUGCUCCUGCUGUGGGUCCUCAUCAUGGAGACCAAACGGGUGGAGAUUCCCGGCAGCGUCCUGGACGAUCUCUGCAGCUGUGAUUUCAGAUAACCAAAAAACGUGUGAAAUGUACUUAAAAUAUUUCCUCGAAGUAAAAUUUGUGGUAGUUACCGAGUUGUCGCUGAGAAUAUAUGUGGAUUAUGAAGUCAUUUAGAUUACAACCGAUUUAUUUUGCAUAUUCCCAGCGAGGAAAGAGACAACGCAAUCCGAGUGUGUUUUCAGAUUGAACUUGCCCAUUGGUUUUACUUGGAUUUCUACAUGCAGAACGCACCAGGAUUACCUCAGUGUGGGAUAAGAGACUUUGCUAAAGCUGUCUUCAAUCAUUGUCCAUUUUUGCUGCCUCAAGGUGAAGAUGUGGAAAAAAUUUUGGAUGAAUGGAAGGAAUAUAAAAUGGGAGUACCAACAUAUGGUGCAAUUAUUCUUGAUGAGACACUUGAAAAUGUACUACUGGUUCAGGGCUACUUAGCAAAAUCAGGCUGGGGAUUUCCAAAAGGAAAAGUAAAUAAAGAAGAAGCUCCUCAUGAUUGUGCUGCUAGAGAGGUCUUUGAAGAAACUGGUUUUGAUAUCAAAGACUAUAUUUGUAAGGAUGAUUACAUUGAACUUCGGAUCAAUGACCAACUUGCUCGUUUGUACAUCAUUCCAGGAAUUCCAAAAGACACUAAAUUUAACCCAAAAACCAGAAGAGAAAUUCGGAAUAUUGAGUGGUUCUCUAUUGAGAAAUUGCCCUGUCAUAGAAAUGAUAUGACCCCCAAAUCCAAACUUGGCUUGGCACCUAACAAAUUUUUUAUGGCCAUUCCCUUUAUCAGACCAUUAAGGGACUGGCUUUCUCGAAGAUUUGGAGAUUCCUCAGAUAGUGACAAUGGAUUUUCCUCAGCUGGUAGCACACCUGCUAAACCUACUGUGGAAAAAUUGAGUCGAACCAAAUUCCGCCAUAGUCAACAGUUAUUUCCCGAAGGUUCUCUUGGUGACCAGUGGGUAAAACACAGACAGCCACUACAGCAAAAGCCAUACAAUAGCCAUUCUGAAAUGUCUGACCUUUUAAAAGCAAAGAAUCAGAGUAUGAGGGGAAAUGGCAGAAAACAGUAUCAAGACUCACCUAAUCAAAAGAAAAGAACAAAUGGUGUCCAUAGCCAGCUACCAAAGCAGCAGAAUCCCUUGAUGAAAUGUGAAAAGAAACUGCAUCCACGAAAACUUCAGGAUAACUUUGAAACAGAUGCUGUAUAUGACCUGCCUUGUUCCAGUGAAGACCAGUUUCUAGAACAUGUUGAGGGACAGUCUGUGGCAUGUAAUGGACAUUGCAAGUUCCCUUUUUCAUCCAGAACCUUUUUGAGUUUCAAGUUUGAUCAUAAUGCUAUAAUGAAAAUCUUGGACCUUUGAUAGCAACAGAUGUAUUAUAGAAGUCCCAAGAUCAGAGACCUGUUGUAUUUGAGCGGGUGUCUCCUCAAGCCUUACCUUUCUCAGGUAUUUUAAAGAAAUGCAGGGAGGCAGUGUUUCUGAAAGGAUUUUCUGUGCAGAAGAAAAGAGUAUAAAGAAGCAUGAGUUUGCACUGUAAAUGCAGUUAUAAUCUUUUAUACAGUUUUACCUUUUCAGUGUUUGAAACAAGUUUAAUUUUUUUGUUUUUUUGAAGGGCAUUUAUUUUUAUUCUGUGCGACUGGAUCUUAUUUUUUCUGGUCAAGAAAAUAGUGUUUGAGUCAUCAUUUAGCCAAGGUAAUGGGAAUGCUUCACCUACCCAUUACAGAGAUUGCAAUAAUCGUUUACUUACAUUGAAAUUAAAAAUAAUAAACUUAAAAUAUCCAGUUAUUAAGUGAACAUAAAAGCUGAAAUGUUGAUGUUGAUCGCAAGCCAUCUGUCUUGGUGGCAUUUUGUUUAUUUCUCUGCUUCUAACCACUGAGGCUCUCUAAUUCUCCUUUGCUUAGAGUUUUGUUGAAAGGAGUUAUUCAGAGUCAACAUGUUCAAUAUAAUAUUCAUGUACAAAAUGAACUCGUAGCACUUCAUAAGGAUAAAAUUGGCAGCUUAGAGGAGGGAUCCAGUUGGUGGGGAGUUGAUGCUGUGAUUUUGAGUUGUGCUGGGUACUUUCAGUAAACUUGUGAGUGCUGGAGAGAAAGCAAGGAGGCAAGGGCCCAGUAAGUAUUUUGGGUCAUGUCUUUACCAUCCUGCCUCCAACCCUUUAGCACUGUACAAUGAUUUUGUUUAUGUGAAAAUUUCUUAUAUAUUCCAGUUGUGUAAAUAUGUAUGGAAAAUUGACAUUAGUUUUACAUUGCACAUCUGUGUGAUCUGUGGAAAUUGAUGUUAUAUUAAGUUCCAGUUUUCAGUAGAGUGGAGUGAAAUGCUUUUAUUGGCAUGCUGAAGCCCCUGGAUGAUGGGCAUCAGAAGCAAAAGGGGUGUGCAGUUUACCUAAGAACAAAUAAAGCAUUUCACUAGGGUAAGAUCAAAGCAUGAAAGUAACAUACAUAACUCACUCCUAGGAAUGUAUUUUUCUCCUUUAGGAUUCUUAAAUCCAAAUAAGGAUGGUGAUACCCAUUUUGAGAAGGAUUUUCAGCUGUAAUUGAGGACAAUCACCUGAGCUUUAAGUAGGGAGAUACAUUUUGGCUGCAUCUGACCUCAUUGAAGAUAAUUCUUAGGGGUGGGGUGAGGGACAGUUUGAGUCUAUGCGUGUGUGUCUGUCAUAUAGGUUUUAAUCUUUUUACAUUUUUUACCAGUGGUAUCCACAAAAUAUAUUUCUGCUUAUAAAUGUUACUGUAGAAAUCUUUAUUCUGUAUAGGUAGCCUAUUUAAUUAGAGGUUCUGCUUAACCUGUAGGACUUUUAAAAGAAGGGCUUUUGUAAGGAUUCACUUUGUAUUACUACUUUGCUUUAGAUUUUAAAUGGUUUGAUUUUAAAGGAGAAAUUCUAUUUAUUAAUGAAAGUGUCACUCUUGGUGCUAAGCAGGAGAAUUCACAUUGAUAGCAGUGUUUUGAGAAUUAGGUUAUCUGCAAUCCUGCAUAUUUUAAUGUGACUAAUUUGUGAAUCCUUCUGUGACUUUUCCUUUUUAAUGCAUUAUAUGAUUAUGUUUGGAAGCUCUUAUUGUUCUUUUCAGAAAUACAGCUGCUUUACUCGGGUCUCCUUGAGCCAUUUUUAUAGUUGGUCCAAGCAUUCCAGGUUUCUGUUAAAUUGUUAAAGAAGUGAAAACAGUUUGCCUAGCAGAUGAAUCAUUUUCACUUGUUUACUGUCAUCUGGAAACCAUUUAAUUUUUAAUGUUUUAAUGUAUCUUUUUUUUUUGGCUUUUUAAAAUGAGUGCUUUGGUCAGUCCUUCUGGUGCCUAUAGGUUUAGACUUUUUAGCUGUCAAUACUAAAGCAUAAGCGAUCAGAGUUUUCAGAAGUAUGGACUCUGAGUAUUUUCAAGAACCAACAAAUUAUCUUUAAUUACAAUAGUUAUUGCUGUUGUGCUGCUUCAUUUAAUGCACUGUGGAACAAACUUAAGGGUAUGGUUGGUAUGUGAUUGUGAUAACUUAGACUUUUAGCUCUCUUGACAGUAUGAGGUUAACAUGUUAAAAGAUGAGUUGAAGUUUAUGUGUAUGAAGUGACUUAACUAUGCAGAAAAUAGUUGGAUGUACCUGUUUGAUGUACAUCUGUUGUACUUAUUCCCUCUCAUUGUUCAGGUUACCUUGAGACAGGCCAUGCUUAGCACAGGACUAGAUUUUCUCCUUUUGAGAUACUUAAAUAUGGUUUGAGGAAAUCAGAUGAUAAAGAAGUAUGCCGAAUAUGCAAUAAUUUCCUUCUAUUGAGUGCUGCAUUUUAAGAAGCUAAAUGAGAAGUGUAGCUAUGUUGGCUUCAUUAUGUUUCAUGUGUUUUGAGAGAUAGAUAGGUCUUUGAAUUCACUUUUUAAAUGUUCUGAUGUUCCAACCACAUGUUCCAAGGUGCAGUGCACUGUGAAUCUUUCAUUUUAAAAAAUUUUGUAGGUGCUUUUAUCCGUAACUUUAAUGAUUUAUAGUUUAGAUUAAUAAUACGUGUUAAAUGAAUUGUUUUUAUACUUAACCAUUGUAAUCCAAAAGAUAAGGGUAUGGUUUACAUGUUUUUUUUACAAGUUUUUGUUAAGAAAUAGCAAACAAAUGGUUUUAGGAUUUCAAAUAGGGAUGCCCUCUGGAGACAUGAACAUUUGGAGAGGUCUGAGAAUCUAAUAGUUCUGUUAGCAUGGGUGAAAUUUGAUUAAAAUUGUUUGAAGUAGUAUAUAAAGGAUAAAGUCUCCCAGUGCUAUCAAAGGAAAGACAUUGUAGAAAUUGCUUGCUUUUUUGAGCUUUGAAUACCUUUAUUUUUGUAUUAAAUAUCCAUUAGUAAAUACAGAUAAUGAAGAUAUAUAGCAGAAUUAAUUUUAUGCUAUAAGAUUAGGUUGUACUCUUUCUUUUGAAGGCUUUAAUAAUUUGUAAUGUCAACUUGAUUCUAAGUGAAUGACAUUCAUCCACUAUAGGAAUUAAAUUCCUUUCUACAACUCAACAUAUUGUGUUCUCUAGGAAAGUUAAGGUCUGUGUGCACUAAAUCAUUUCAUUUCCUAUUCCUUUACUUAUCUAUUCUCUUAGGUUUCUUGUUUUUUUUUUUUUUUAAACUCCAGCAUUUAGUUAACUUAGUAAGUAGAGCAAAAUCAAUUAGAAAAAUUAGACUUUUUGCUGAGUUGGUCUUCUUAACUAUGUUACCUCUGUUGGCUUUUUAUUUUUGUACAGGUGGACCUCUGCUCAGAUUGUUUUGAUUGACAUCUAUUGUGCCUCUGUAUUCUCUGAGGCAGUGUUUUCUUUGUAUAUGAAUCAUAGUUGCAUUCAUUAACACUUCCUCAUGAUCUUGACUUUUUUCUAGCCUGGGGGAAGGGGUUCAUGUGUAUCAUAAAGAGAUCAUUAUUUUGUUUGGAUGUUAUUCUUUACCUUUAUGUAAAAAGAGAACACUGUCUUAGAGAAACAACACUUUUGUUAACCUUAGUUGCUUAUUUCUUAUGUCCUAAAACUUUAAAGUGCAUUUGUAUAGUUGCCAGAAAUUCUAAAAAUGAACUUAAGAUGGGCCUUCUCAGCAUCUUUUUUCUUCCUAGAAUUGAAUUACUCUUGAAGUCUGCCUGCCUGUCAGAAGGUGGCAGAUUGCAAAUGAGCAGUACAAGCUUUGUCCCAUGCUUUCAAAGUAGAGUUCUGGAUUGCACAUUCUAAAAUUGGUGAUAGAUUAGUAUUAUAGAACAAAAAAGUGCCCUGAAAAGAAAAGAUAGCUAUAGUUGCUGGGCAGAGUAUAAGAAGGACAUUGUAGAAGAUGUAUCAAUCCUUGAGUGCUGUACGAUGCAUCAAGUCUAAGCAUAGUCUAAUAUAUAUAAGGCCAUUGCCAAGCAUUUUCUAACCCUGAAUAAAGUUAGUAUGAUUGCCAAGCAAUCCAGUGAAUCUAAAGUAAUUUUUCUCACUUUAAAGACCAGUGUUUGGGAAUCUGGUCCUUUCUGUGCUGUAUCAUUGCAGAACUCCAGCCACUCUGAAGUGACUGCUUUCUUAUAGGAAGGUAACCCAGAGUGCAUACAGCUACAGUCAGUUGUAUGAGGCAGCUAUACAUUUGUCCUGAAUGGUUGAUUAUUCAUUUCUUGUCAGCUAGUCUCCUUGUGACAAAUAGCAUUUAUUAUUGAAAUAGUCCAUAGCUAGUGAAAAGAAUGAAGUUAACUCUCAUACAUGGGACUAAGUGUUGGCUUUUACCAGCAGAGUUAUUCAGACUUUAGUAUAAAGUACAAAGAAGUGUACAGAAAAGAAAACACACACACAAAAACACUAUGAUAAAACAUAGAGGUUUUGUCUUAAAAAGUAUUCAUAAUAGAAUCUCUCAUUCUGGUCCCCAGACUAAUGAAAUCACCAGUAAAGAGAUUACAUUUUCCUUGGGUCUUCUGUAAUUAGCAGAGGGGAUGAUCUGUAUAUAUUAGUAGCUUGAAAGCACAAUCUAAAAAGAAUUAACCUUCAUAAGGUGUCUGCAUUAUCUGAGUAGUUGUUGGCCUAGGGAGCUCUGGGGAAAGAGAUCGAAUGCAGAAAUCAGUUGCGGGUGUGUGUGUGAUUUUUGUCUCCUCCUCAUAGACUUUUUAGUCCUUUAGUCCAGGAAAACAGUGAGGCCCUGAAUAUAUAUUUGCUGCAGGUAGUUGGGUAUUUUUCCUUAUUGGCCAGUCUGUUGAGUGCCAUUUUUAAAAAGUUUGUUAAUCCUUUUUCUUGGUGUGACUGGCCAGGAAGCCAUUGAGGUCUCCCCUCCCCUGUUUUUUCCUGGUGACUUGUCCCUUCUAUUGAUCUUUUUAUUUGUGCUAUAUCCCUUUGGCCACUGUGAGAAUUUGCAAGUAGUGAAUUAUAUUUUGCCUUCUGGAGGUGACUUCACUUUGACACUUGGGCCACAAGCAGAUAAGAAGGCUGUGAACACUUGUGUUCUUUUGAGUCUCAAUGCAUGUAGUUGUCAAAUUGGUUGGGAACAGAAAACUUGUGUGUGGUUUAAGGUGAAUUAGGCAGUAUUUGCUGGUCCUCAGUCUUAAAGAGGUCUUAAGUAACAUUCUUAGGAUAGUAGAAUUUUUGAGGUAAAGUGUAACACUUUAAUCUACUUUGAAUUGAAUCUAAGGGCCUAAAACAAUCUUAACAGCUACAAACUGGUAAAUGAGUUGGGCACAAUUCUACAUUCUUUGUUAUUUCUCCAGCUUUAAGAAAUUAGCAUAUGGUUUUAUGAUAUUUAGGAAUAAACUAUGGAUGGCAGAAAAUGAAAGCAAAUUAAGGUUCUCAACUGUGAAUGAACUUUAGAAAGGUGAUGUCUUUUCCUUAGUAGUUCGGUUGAUUAGAUGUGUUAAUGCUUUUGGAACAUAUGAGUAGCAGUGGACUUGCACUCUUCAUGCACUGAUAGAAAAGCACAAGACGCAUCUGCAAGAAUUUCUUUGUGCAUUUCACUACUGUCCUACAGCACUGCUGUCUUUGUGGUCCAUUUUAGGUUUAUGUUUGGAUGUUGCACAAGUAACUAUUAAAUGUCAAAUGCAAGUGUCCAAAGAAAUGAGCCUUUAAUUUUACUUAUUGUUUAAAGUUAGGACAGGAGACAGUUAACCCGACUUACACUUUUUAAAUAUUACAAACUCUUUUUCUUCAGUAACAAUUAGGGAAGGACAAUAAAAUCACAAACUAUUUUGCUUUAUAUAUUUUUCUCUUACAAUUAUUUUUGAAGUUUCUUAGCUUAAAAUCUUUUUAAAAAUCAUCUUUGAUAGGUAUUGACAUCCUAGUUCUAUGUACAAUUCAGAUGAUUUUAUCUCUUGGCUUUAAUGAAACUUUAAAACAAUCUUAUUUCAGAGUGAUUAAUCAAAUGGAAUAAUGUUCAUGUAUUAGCUAGCUUAAGUGAAAUGUCUCUUAAGUAAGACUGUCUUUCAUCUAACCAAAAUAAGGUGUAUAGUUUUGUUUGGGUAAGGAAGGGAAUGAGAAUUUUUUUUUUUAAAUACGUAUAUUCUGUGCCUGUUUCUAAAACAAGAUUUGAAGUGGCUUUUUUACACUAUGCUGUGAAGAUUAGAUAAUGUUGGAGGAAGAU